AUGAUGUUUAUCAAAAUAAGUAACAUUCAGAAUUCUAUUACCUAAAUAUAAGNUCAAAAAGGGCUAUAAAAACUAGAAAAAGAUACUCUAAUGAUCAUUAAAAACAAAAAUGUUCACCCACAAGCUCUAUACUAAAAAAUGAAAUAAUUAAAUCAAACAAAAGACCAAGAUGGAGAACUCAUUUAAUCAAUCAAAAUAUUACUCAAAUUACAAACUGAAUUAAAUGGGUUAUCAACACCAUCUUGUCAUAGAAAAACAAGUUCUCAUGCAAGUCAUAGAUAUUCUAAUAAUACAACCAAUACAAAAAGUGAUCAUAGUUCUACUUCAAUUUUGCAAUAAGAAUUUAAAAACUUAAAGAAGUUGUUUUGA